AUGGAACAAGAUCGUAUUUUAUCGUAUUUGACUGAUCCCGAUUUACCCAAUGGACUCGAACAGAUAAACGUUGUCGUUAGUCGAGAUCGAUAUGGAUACGGUUUGACAGUCUCUGGUGAUAAUCCUGUUUAUGUCCUCAGUGUACGAGAAGAUGGAGCCGCACACCGAGCUGGAGUCCGAGUGAACGAUCAGAUUAUAAAGGUAAAUUAUCCGUCUGCAUAUGACUCAAUGCAAUACCGAGAGUAUCAAUAA